AUGAAAAAAAUCGGUUUAAUACAACGUCGUCGAACUGAAAAAGCUAUAAUUGAUGCUCUAUUAAAAAUAUCUGAAAUUGUUCAGAAAACAGAAACUAAUCGACAACGUCAAAAAUCGAAAAAAACAAUUGGUGAUGGUGAUUAUAAUGAAUUUCAUAAUGAUGAUGAUGAUAAACAACAACAACAAGUACCUCAACCACCUUCAAUGCGUACAAUUGAUUCUAAUGUCUCAGGUUUUAAUCAACAAUCAAUAGAAAAAUCUUCAAAUUCUAAUCAAACAUCUAUUCAUAAACCUAAACAAUAUACAUUAAAUCCAUCAUGGAAUUCAGAUAAACAAUAUGAUCGAUCAUUAGGACAAGAACACAUAGAUAAUAAUGAAUAUAAAAAUCAAGAACAUUCUAAUAAACGUUAUUAUUCUUAUUCUUCAUCUACAACAUCAUUAUCAUCGAAUGAUAAUCAUUAUCGAAAGAAAUUUUCAAAACAUUAUUCAAGUCAUAAAUCAAUUCAAUCAAAUAAAAAUUUAAAACCUAUAUGUCAAGAAUUAGAAAAAACGGAAAAUCAACCAACAAUAACAACUUUUAAUUCCCAUGCAACUUCCUAUCAAGUUAAUUCUGCUGCUACAACUAUUCUUGAUGAUCAAUCAUCAUCUUUAGUUAUGAUGCCAAUGACUUCAACUCCAACAAUAUCAUUACCAAUUACUAAUGAACAACAAUCGACAACAAAUCCAAUUCCUAUUCAUAUUGAACAACAACAACAACAACAACAACAACCACAACUUUCAUCAUCAUCGAAUGAUUUUGAUGUAUUUAUUGAUCAACAAUUACAAGCUACAUUAGAAAAACAUUUAAAAAAUCAUUUAUUAUUAUCAACAAAUCAUGAAAAUAUUCCAUCACAACGAAAAACUAGAUUAGUUACAUUAACAAAAUCUGAAACAGGAAAAUUGAUAAAUGAUUUAGAUCUUACUAAACAAGUUUGCAAUUUAGAACAUUAUGAAAAACAGCGUGAAUUAGCAAUGCUUGCUGCUAAACAAGGCAAUUAUUCAUUAUCGUAUUCAAUUUAUACAAAUCUUUUACAUGAUAGUCAAUAUGAUUAUAAAUUAAAAUCAGAAAUUUUAGCAUCACGUGCAACAACAUUAUUAUUUGAACAAAAAUGUUUUGAAUCAAUUGAUGAUUGUACACAAGCAAUUGCAUUUAAUCAAUGGAAUAAAUUAGCAUAUGUUAUACGUGCUGCUUGUUGGAUGAUAAAACAAGAAUAUUCAAAAGCAGUUGAAGAUUAUUCAAAAUUAUUUCAUUUUUUUGAUCAAAGUCAACAUGUUUUAGAUUUAUUAAAUUUAGCUUAUGAAAAAUUAAAAUUAUUAAAUAAUAAUAUUGAUAAUGAACAAUCAAUUAAAAUUGAACAAGAAAAGGAAGAUAUUCAAUCAAUUAAAAAUGAUAAUAAUACAACACAACCUAUGACAUCAUUAAUUGAUACAUGUGUUAAUUCUACACAAUCACUUUCAUUAGUUUCACCAACUGCUUCUUUUAUGCAACCAGCUAUUUAUCUUUGUUAUCCUUAUCAAGCUUAUCCAACUUGGUAUAGCACUAAUAAUAAUGAACAACGAACAAGAAAUGGAGAAGAAAUUCAACAACCAACAUAUAUUAUUACAAAUGCUAGUUUCACUUCACAUCCAUCUUUAAUUAUUGAUCAAUCAUCUAUGUCUUCUGAACAACCAUUUCGAAAUGUUUAUGAAACAAAACAUAAAUCACGUCAAUCUAUACAUUCAAACAAUAAUGCUCUUUUAUCAACUAUUGAACAUGAAUCAUCUUCUAUUAAUAAAAAUUUACAAUCAAAUUUAAUAUGGAUUAAAAAUCCAUAUCGAUCAUUUUGA